GAAAAUUUGAGAUAAAGCACCGUAAGGGCUUUCUUGACUGAGGAAUUCUACAUAGAAGAGUUGAUUGCAUGGCCGGGCAAGCCCCUCCACCACUGAGCCACCCUCCUAGGCUUCUCUAAGGUACAUGUGAAGAUUUUUUGGCAGUUGAGUGUGGCCUCUGCUGAUCACAUUGCUUUGGUUUCUGCCUGUUCUGUGUUGGCAAAGGAACACGCCCAAAUGAGCAAGCUGUCGCAGCCAGCCACUACUCCAGGAGUGAAUGGAAUAAGUGUCAUUCAUACUCAGGCCCAUGCCAGUGGCUUACAGCAGGUUCCUCAGCUGGUGCCCGCUGGGCCUGGGGGAGGAGGUAAAGCUGUGCCUCCAAGCAAGCAAAGCAAAAAGAGCUCACCCAUGGAUCGAAAUAGUGACGAAUAUCGCCAGCGCAGAGAGCGGAACAAUAUGGCCGUGAAGAAGAGCCGGUUAAAAAGCAAGCAGAAAGCUCAAGAUACGCUGCAAAGAGUGAACCAGCUCAAAGAAGAGAAUGAACGGUUGGAAGCCAAAAUUAAGUUGCUGACAAAGGAAUUAAGUGUACUGAAAGAUUUGUUUCUGGAGCAUGCACACAACCUCGCUGACAACGUGCAGCCCAUCAGCACUGAAACUACAACGACAAAUUCUGAUGACACAGGGCAGUAGAUCUCCUUCCAGGCGCCACAGCUUUGUGGCUUGAACAUGAGAGGUGUGACCAUCCUGUACUGCCUGGUUCCAUGGCUGAGCUUGGUCUUGUUCCAUUGGAGGUUAUUUUCUAGGCUCAGCACUGAACAGUCGAUUAGCCAUGUAAUUUAUCUGGUCUUAAAUGAUAAUGGAUUUUUGAAGCACUAAAAGAAGACUUAGGGUUUAUGGUUAAAACAAAAUUCCUGGACCUUAAUAUUCUUAAUAAAUCCUGACUUCCCCAGAAAUGCAUCUUUUUUUAGGAAUGGGAAAGUGGAGGGGCAUAUAGAAGGUUUUGGGUUUUAAUGAGACAAAACUGUGGAUUAAGAAAAGCUGGAUUCCAUCUGUGUUCCUCGAUUUGUGAUUUUGUUUAAAUUGUGUAUUGUAAAUUCUAGGGCUUCAGAAACCAAUCAUAAUAAUUUGGCCCUGUUUUACAGCUAGUAUAAACUUGUGUUACCAUAAUUGGCAUUGUUUAUCCCAACAAGUACAUAUUUUUUAAAAAUGACUUCAGGCAAAGUAAAGAAAUCCCAUUCAGGUCAUGUCAAAAUACAAAUUGCAUUUAGGAAUGAAAGAAGUGCUCCCUGCCCUUUGUGUGUUUUAAAGGGCAUAGAGUGGAAUUGAGUUUUGGGGUCCUUUGGUUUAUUGGAUUAGCAUUAUCUUGUGUCCUAAAAAACAGUAUCUACUGUGUACUGACAGUUUAGUUUCUGUGGAUGCUGAUCAAGGUAGCGUUUGUUUUAGGGGGGGAACCAUUUUCUGACAGCCAAGUUAGUAAGUGAAACACCUUGGCUUGAUGAUACAGACCAUGAUUUAGAAUACUAAUUUAUGCUGGGCACCUGUAGUCCCAGCACUAGGAAGACAGAGGCAGAUGGAUCUCUGUGAGUUCAAAAUCAGCCUGCUCUACAGAGUGAGUUCAGGACAACCAGGGCUACACAGAGAAACCCUGUUUCAAAAACAACAAAAGAAAAGAAUACCAAUUGAUUUGGUUUCUCCCGUGUUCAGAAUAACUCCCAACGGGGCCAUGAUUUUUUAAAGGCAUAGUUUUUUUUUGUGUGUUCUUGUGUGAAGAGGCACGUUUUGGCAUUUGAUCUCAACUAAAUGAUUAUUAGAAAAAUGUGUCAACUUCAUGACAUCUCUCAAAAGAAUAGUCAAAGAAAACUUGAAAGUAUAAGGUUUCAAUCUUUAAUUUAUUUACUAAAUCUUUUUAUCCUUUUUUGAGGAAUUUCUUUUCUAGUUUAGUGGGGUGUUCUUCCAGACUUGAUGUUUCAUUGCCCGUUUAUCCAUUAGUAUGCUUUUAUGUUCUGUAUAAAUUAUUUUAGAGAGAAGAAGCUGAUAAAACUCAGGAUAUUGACUUUGUUGUGAACUCAGAGCCGCUAGGGUGUCUCUAGGGUCCGCUUUGUCAGUGCUGCAGUGUAGAUUGUCUUGGUAACUCACAGUUUUUGCACACUUCCAGCUAGUUUGUUGGUUCCUGAGAGGGUGCCGAAAAUAUGAGUCUUGCAUGAUCACAGUUUGUGUUGCUGGGAAUCUUGCUUGAACAUGGUCAUUUCUGGCCUGGUUUCCUACUAAGACUUGGUUACUGCACCCCAGUAUAACUCAGGUUGCUCCCUGAGUGUGGCAGAAGAGUGCGGAUUCUUCUGUGCAGAAGCUGUUGGUGCCCUGCAGCUCAGCAAAGGCUUUUAGGGCCACUGUGCUGAAGACAGGAGUUGACACUGUUCUUAGGGAACCAAGAAAUGAGAGGGGUUCUUAAAAGUUAGGGUCCAGCACCAGUUUACCUUGGUUGUAAUAGCCAUCACUUACAAAGAUUGAUAGAUGUUUUAUAUAGCUAACAAGGAUGCACCCAUACAAUUCUAAUCUUUACUACCUGAUUGAUACUAUGUAGUGAACUUAAUGGGAGAUACAGUUAGGUCCUGGUUGAACAUGUAAGAACCUACAGUAGGUACACAGACAUUGGAAACUCUUACUUUCAAACACCAGCUUUCACAAAUGGAUGUUCUCAUGGAAUUUGUGGUUACUGGUGCGAGGAUGUAAGCCAUAGGGAAGGCAGUGCUCAAUAUUUCUAAUCAGAAGAUACAAAUCAGUUCUAACUAAAUGCUCUUAACCUUUGUAAAUCAGAUGGUUAGCACAAGCAAGCAGUUCCACAUAGAACACAAAUGUUAGCUGGCCUUGGACUUUCUUACUAAAGUGAAAUGAUGUUCAGCUUGAUGGAGUUCUUAGUGUAAAAUUGAAGGGAACUAAGUUUGGGGAGUGGGUAAGUUUAGGACUUUGGAGAUAGCUUGUUACUGGGGAACCUUUAGAGUGAUCUGCCUUGUGGAUAGGCCUCAGUGUGGAUUAGCCACACCUGUGUCCCCUGGGGUGGCUGCAGAGGGAGGGAUCAGAGCUUCCCUUCUGUCCUGGCCCUUUGUGACAGGUGACCUUGGAAUCUUCAUUAGGGUUUUAUUAAAAUGUGACCCGGGAUUUGAAAUCCAGGUCAUGAGUCCACUCAUUUUCUGUAGUUCUCAAUCUAUGGAAGUAGAAACAUGUACAGUUUGAUAAGGAACUGCAGCAGCUUUUGAUGUUUCUUAGCCGCUCCUGCCCCCUGGGCUGAAGCUUCGUGCCUGAACAACCCUUGUAGCACCUAGAGUGCUUCUGAUGCCUUAGAAAUAGGAAUGAUACCUGUGUAUUUGACAGGCUAGGUAAGAUUCCAUACAGCUAAUCAGAUCUGCCUCUCAGGAAAAAUACUAACUUGUUCUUUUUGUUUCUGGCUUUCAGUUUGUGAGAUUACUCUAUUUUUUUAAGUAUAAUUUUAUUUCUUCAAUGAAUUUAAAAAUAAAACACCUUUGGAACAAUGA